AUACAUAAAAUAUCUUGUGGAAACGUCGUAAAAAUUGUAUUAUAAGAGUGUGACAGAAUUAAUUUAAUUUUGUACAGUUCGGUUCUUCUUAUGGUAUGAUUUUAAUGUUAAGUUUAAAAGUACUACAAAAUGUAUAGAAAUCUUUUAUUUAAAAGGUUGCCAUUCAGACAGAUCAGAAAUGAUUAUUUAAUACACACUUCUAAGCAGUUAGUAGAUAGUAAGUGUUCAUUGAACACUAUCCACCAUUUGGUCCGUCAUAUUUCAGUAUCAACGGUUUUCUGCAAGAAAAGGAAAACUGCAGAAGAAAAAGCUAUAGAGAAUCAUGGCAGGCGUGUAAUACGUUAUUCUCCAAAAGCAGGCUCUGAAGUUGUAGGAAUAUGGAGGAAUAUGACUGUUCAAGAUUUAGCUAAUGUGCUUAAAAAGGAUGUUGAACAUAUAUUUAAAACACUUGAAUUUGCGGACAAAAACUCUGACACUGAGUACAAGAGAGAUACAGUUAUACACAAUCCGCAGAUUGUGAGAGAGGUUAUAAAAAUAUCUGGCUGCCGGUUCAAGCUUGUGGCCCGACCUGAUGAACUUACUGAAGAAGAGGAGAAUAAGGAUGCAGUUCCCGCGCCACCAUCACCGGAGUCUGCGCUCCGGCCGCGACCGCCGGUGGUCUGCGUUAUGGGCCAUGUGGACCAUGGCAAGACCACACUGCUUGACGCACUGAGAGACACUGCUGUGGUGGACCAGGAAUUUGGAGGAAUCACACAGCAUAUUGGUGCUUUUGAAGUGAAGCUGCAGUCCGGGGAGACGGUGACAUUCCUGGACACGCCGGGGCACGCGGCGUUCAGCGCGAUGCGCGCGCGCGGCGCCUGCGCCACCGACGUGGUGGUGCUGGUGGUGGCCGCGGAUGACGGCGUCAUGGAGCAGACGGUGGAGUCCAUCCGCAUGGCUAGAGAGGCUAACGUUCCAAUACUUGUGGCGAUCAACAAAAUCGACAAGCCAGGUGUGAACAUUGUAGGUAUGCUUCUUUUUGCAUAUAUGUUUAAGCGUGCCAACGAGGUGAUGCGAUGGCGUCACAACCAGCGCAUGAAGGAGAAGCAAUCAGAAGACCUGGAGGUGAUAUCAGCCAAGGAAGCUGAGCACCGCGCGCAGUACCGCGCGCAGCUGGCCCACAAGCGCGCGCUGGGCCGGCUCAGACUGCGCCCGGAGGGGCCCAGGCAGAAACAGAUACAGCAAGACACGCAUCCCACGCUCAGUGUUAUUAUUAAAGGCGACGUGGACGGGUCCGUGGAGGCGAUCCUCGACAUCUUGGAGACGUACGACGAGCACUCGCGGGUGCGCCUCGACCUCGUCCACUACGGCGUCGGACACGUUACUCCUAACGACGUGGAGAUAGCGCAAGCGUUCAACGCAGUGAUAUACGCGUUCAAUGUGGAGUGUGCCAGCCCCGCGGCGGCGGAGGCGCGGCGAGCGGCCGUCAGCCUGCGCCACCACAACGUCAUCUACCGCCUCGUGGACGACAUCAAGCAAGAGAUCAGCUCAAGGAUACCUAAACGGCAGCAGGAGGAGGUUGUUGGUAAGUUUUUUAAUACAGAGAUACAGGUCAGGUCACAUUUUAACAGUGACGGACAGACCGUACAUGAAGGGAAGUUAGCUUCAAUGAAGCAUUUGAAAGAUGAAGUGACGACGAUCAAACGCGACAUGGAGUGCGGCCUGCGCUUCGAGGCGGAGGUGGAGGUGCAGCCCGGGGACACCGUCGUCUGCUACAACAUGCUGGAUGUCGACGACCACACGCAAUGGGACCCCGGAUUUUAACUAAAUCUACAAUUAGAUAAUAAAUUAUAGAUACAAA